UCACAGUCUUCGACCAUGCGGCAUCGAGUGGGAACAAUUCUGGUGGCAUUCGUUGUACUCAACGUCCUGUACGACGUGGUGGUAGCAUGUAGCGCGGGUGGCGGCGGGGGUGCAGGCGGUAGGGGAGGUGGCGGCGGAGGAGGUGGAGGAGCGGCGAGUUGGUGGGGUGGAGGGAGUCGGGGUCAAGAUGGACAAAAUGGCUUCCCAUGGGGUUCAGCUGGUGCGGGAGGUGCAGGAGGUUCCGUAGAUCGCGUUAGAGGUGGUCGCGGAGGUUCUGGAGGACGAGGAGGUGGUGGCGGUGGGGGUGGGGGAGCGUCUGGUUGGUUUCCCGGACUAGCUAUUCCCGGUCGAAGCGGUCAAAUAAACCACCCCUGGGGAAUCGCGAUUGGGGGUAACGGUGGUAACUCCGGUGGACGAGGCGGCGGAGGCGGUGGCGGAGGAGCUUCGAGUUGGUGGGGCGGAACUGUCCGCGGUCAAGACGGAGAAGACGCUCGUCCCGACGGUUCAGGGGGACGUGGAGGUGCGGGUGCCGGUGGGGGUGGCAAUGGGGGUGACGGAGGUUCCGCGUACGGCGGUAGAGGUGGUCGCGGUGGUUACGCCGGACGAGGCUAAACACAAAAUAAAUGCAAAUGAUCCGGUGCAAGACUCGCACGCUCAGGGUUCCUUACCAUCAACCAUAUUAUUAGCCAUUGCGUAGCCGUUGGAAACGUCAUAACAGUUUUUUCUCUGUAAAAUACAUGUAGUAUUCUCGAAAAUAUUAACUGGAAGAAAAAACUAGUCUUGAGAUCCACGAGGAAAACGGUUAAUAUCACCAAAUGGCGCGAACGAUGUCAAUUGCAUUAAUCUCGAGUAUUUCGAGUGUGAGUUACUGUACUGAAUAAAAACGAAAUAAUUGCAUGUCAUAAAUAUUAUACGAAUAAGCAGUCCUGUCAAUUGUACUAGUUUUCAGAAACGUUCCAUUGAUAUUGUCAAUAAAUUAUCGGCCGUUACGAA